CCCGUCCUGCUCCUGAUUCAUUGCCAUCUUUCCGCUGCUCCAUCCUCAGCUACACCUUUGACUGUGCCAUUACCUGUAACGAUGCGUUUCGCUACUACCGUCGCCUGUCUGGCCGCCUGCCUCGCCGCUCCGGCCACGGCCCUCGCCAUCUGGGGCGACUCGGCCUCAGCGCUCAACGCCGGCCUCAAGGUCCCUGGAGAGAACCCCAUCGAAUUCUGCGACGGCAACCGCGCGAAUGAUCUUAUUGAGAUUCAGAAAGUCGAUCUGGCUCCCAAUCCCCCGAAGCCCGGUGCGACGCUUCUCAUCACAGCGACCGGCGACGUCAAGAAGACCAUCACAAAGGGCGCGUACGUCAAGGUGACCGUCAAGUACGGCCUCAUCCAGCUGCUCUCUACGACUGCGGACCUGUGCGAGCAGCUGGGCAACGUCGAUCUCACUUGCCCCCUUGAAGAGGGUCAGAUGACCAUCACGAAGAGCGUCGACCUGCCCACUGCCAUUCCUCCGGGAACCUACAACGUCUUUGCCGAUGUCUACUCCGACGAUGACGAGCAGAUCACCUGCCUGAAGGCGACCGUCAACUUCCCCCGACCAGGUCUGGCUUCCUUCCAGAACCCCGAGGAGCUGUAAUUUCGGCGUGUUCUGUGAUGGGAUUAUGAUCGAUUGGCAAUUUGCAACGAUGGAAACGAUCCGGCUCAUGAUUUCAACCUCCCUUGACGGUUGUGUGUUUUGUUAAUGGCAUUCUACGACUGUGUUUUCUGCUCUCGGCGAGUUAUCUUGUUCUCCUCGGGUGACUAUCCAGUUCGGUUCUUCGGCACAUUGCGGCGCUCUUGUUUGCUACCUCUAGAGAUUGC